CAAUAUAAAAACCCAGUUCAAACAGCCACAGACAAAAGCUUCCAUUUCUCAUGUACAGAGAGAACUAGAAGAAGCUACUGCCACCUUCUUCUCCAUAUUAUCUGCUUACAGUAAUUAAAAGCAAUCUCUAAUCAUUAAUCACUAAUAAUUAAUCAUGUACUUACCAAAUUCUCCUUAUUCUUCUUCUUCAGCACUCCUCAGGUCUUCCCACUUAGUUUCUAGAAUCUCCUCUCUCUCACCGAAAUUCCCUUCUCCUACGUCGUUCCGUUCCCUUUCUCCUUCGUCGUUUCGCUAUCAGAAUUCUCGUUCUUUUAGCUUCUCCUCGGCGUUACGUUCGUUACCUUGCGCUGUUUCACGCUGGAGCCAUAGAGUUGAUUGGCGCUCACCGAUCAGUCUUCGGGCUCAGGCUCCAGCGGCCUCGCCGGUAAUCGAGCGAAAGCUUUCUACUAUUGCAUCUGAACAUCCUUUCAAGGGGAUUUUUACCAGCCUUCCCAAACCUGGUGGUGGAGAGUUUGGAAAGUUCUAUAGCUUAACUGCUUUGGAUGAUCCCAGAAUAGACAGAUUGCCAUAUUCUAUAAAGAUACUUUUGGAAUCAGCAAUACGUAAUUGUGAUAACUUCCAAGUUGCAAAAGAACAUGUGGAGAAAAUUAUUGACUGGGAAAAUACAUCUCUCAAGCAAGUUGAAAUCCCCUUCAAGCCUGCUCGUGUUCUUUUACAGGAUUUUACAGGAGUACCAGCAGUGGUUGACCUUGCUUGUAUGCGCGAUGCUAUAAAGAAUCUUGGCAGUGAUCCUAAAAAAAUCAACCCAUUGGUUCCUGUAGACCUUGUUGUUGAUCACUCAGUUCAGGUAGAUGUUACAAGAUCUGAAAAUGCAGUCCAAGCAAAUAUGGAAAAUGAAUUUCAGAGGAACAAAGAGAGAUUUGCUUUCCUCAAAUGGGGUGCUUCUGCUUUCCAGAACAUGCUUGUUGUUCCACCUGGAUCAGGAAUUGUUCAUCAGGUUAACUUGGAGUAUCUUGGACGUGUUGUCUUUAACACUGAUGGCCUCCUCUAUCCUGAUAGCUUGGUUGGUACUGACUCGCACACGACUAUGAUUGAUGGGUUAGGAGUUGCUGGCUGGGGUGUUGGAGGAAUUGAAGCAGAAGCAACAAUGCUUGGUCAGCCUAUGAGCAUGGUCUUGCCAGGUGUUGUUGGAUUCAAAUUGUCUGGAAAGUUGCGUGAUGGUGUCACAGCAACUGACUUGGUUUUGACUGUGACCCAAAUGCUGAGAAAGCAUGGCGUUGUUGGCAAGUUUGUUGAGUUUUACGGUGAUGGAAUGGACGAAUUGUCAUUGGCUGAUAGGGCCACUAUUGCAAAUAUGUCUCCUGAAUAUGGAGCUACCAUGGGCUUUUUUCCUGUGGAUCAUGCUACUUUGCAGUACCUUAAAUUAACAGGAAGGAGUGAUGAGACUGUUGCAAUGAUAGAAGCAUACUUGCGCGCAAACAAAAUGUUUGUCGACUACAAUGAGCCUCAAGAAGAGCAAGUGUAUACUUCUUACUUGCAAUUGGACCUAGCAGAUGUUGAACCCUGCGUUUCAGGACCAAAGAGACCUCAUGAUCGGGUUCCUUUGAAAGAAAUGAAGGCUGACUGGCAGAAAUGUCUUGAUAACCGGGCUGGUUUUAAGGGCUUUGGUGUGCCAAAGGAAGAACAAGAUAAGGUGGCAAAGUUCUCAUUCCAUGGGCAGCCUGCUGAACUUAAACAUGGAAGUGUUGUUAUUGCUGCCAUUACAAGUUGUACAAACACAUCAAACCCCAGUGUUAUGCUUGGGGCUGGUCUUGUUGCAAAAAAAGCUUGUGAACUUGGUUUGCAGGUUAAGCCAUGGAUUAAAACUAGUCUUGCUCCAGGUUCUGGAGUAGUCACAAAAUACUUGCUCCAGAGUGGCCUGCAACGCUACUUGAAUGAGCUGGGCUUUCACAUUGUUGGUUAUGGUUGCACCACUUGUAUUGGGAAUUCUGGAGAACUUGAUCCAUCUGUUGCUUCUGCAAUUUCAGAUAAUGACAUUAUUGCUGCAGCUGUGCUUUCUGGAAAUCGGAACUUUGAAGGCCGUGUUCAUCCACUUACAAGAGCUAACUACCUUGCUUCACCUCCAUUAGUUGUUGCCUAUGCACUGGCUGGCACGGUUAAUAUUGACUUUGAGGAGGAGCCAAUUGGAACUAACAAGGAUGGAAAGAAUAUAUACUUCAAGGAUGUUUGGCCUACUAACGAUGAAAUAGCUGAGGUUGUACAAUCUAAUGUCUUACCGAGCAUGUUCAAAAGCACUUAUGAGGCUAUCACAAAAGGCAAUCCCAUGUGGAGUCAGCUGUCUAUCCCUACUUCCGUACUUUACUCGUGGGAUCCAAAAUCAACAUACAUCCAUGAGCCACCAUAUUUCGAGGACAUGACUAUGGACCCGCCAGGUCCUCAUGGGGUGAAGGAUGCUUACUGCUUGCUAACAUUUGGAGACAGCAUAACUACUGAUCAUAUUUCCCCCGCAGGCAGCAUCCAUAAAGACAGCCCUGCAGCCAAAUAUCUCCUUGAGCGUGGGGUUGAACCUAAAGACUUCAACUCUUAUGGUAGCCGUCGGGGCAAUGACGAAGUAAUGGCAAGAGGCACAUUUGCCAACAUUCGCCUCGUCAACAAGCUUUUAAAUGGAGAAGUGGGCCCAAAAACUAUCCACAUUCCUACAGGAGAGAAGCUUCAUGUGUUUGAUGCAGCAAUGAGAUACAAGGAAGCUGGGGAGAACACUAUUGUCCUGGCAGGAGCAGAGUAUGGAAGUGGCAGCUCUCGAGAUUGGGCUGCCAAGGGUCCAAUGCUGCUGGGAGUGAAAGCAGUGAUUGCCAAGAGCUUUGAGAGAAUUCAUCGAGGUAACCUAGUUGGCAUGGGUAUCAUUCCUCUAUGUUUCAAGCCUGGUGAGGACGCAGACACAUUAGGAUUGACGGGUCAUGAGCGAUACACUAUUGACCUUCCAGACAAGAUCAGUGAGAUAAGGCCUGGACAAGAAGUUGGUGUUAAAACUGACACUGGCAAAUCUUUCGCUUGCAGGGUGCGCUUUGACACGGAGGUUGAGUUGGCAUAUUUUGAUCAUGGGGGCAUCCUCCCAUACGUCAUUAGAAACCUUAGUAAAGAGUAAAGAGUCCCGACUUGUAAAUGUCCUUUUCCGGUGGGGCAACUGGACACCUGUACAGACACCGGCACUGCUCCCCAUUUGGUUUAGGAGUCACCACUGUAGUAAGAUGAUGUAUUUUAUCUUCCAGUUUAAAGUAGGAUUUAGUGCCGACUUGAUUUUCUCUGUAACGUUAGUGUACAAUCUCGAGUAUAACUGUCCCUUUUAUGGACUAUGAAUUUCUGGUGGUCUUGUGCGUAUGUUAUGUUUGCCAUGGGAUCUAAGGGAACAGACACAGUGUGUUUAUUUUCUCGUGGAUAUCAUAAAUGGAAACCAACAUUUCUAUGCUCA